CAGGGCAGGCCGGCUCAGCGACGCAGUGCGACACAGAAUGGGCGCACCAGAGGCGAACGGAAAGGCGGAGGCUGCGGCCGUCAGCCCACCGGCGACGAAAUGGUACCACAUAGACAAGAAUUUCUUGUCGAUCAAGCUCAUCUACUUCUGGUUUUUCGCAAGCGGCGUCUCGAUCCUGCCGCUGAUGACGCUGCACAUGACGGACCUGGGCCUGACGUACGCCGACGUGGCGCAGGUUUACGUCUUCAUGCCGGUCGCCUCCUUCCUCGGACCCCCUGUAAUCGGGUAUAUGGCUGACCGGACGGGGCGAAUCCGGGAGCUUUACGUAGUCUGCGUUAUCCUACAAUGCGUAGUCCACCAGGCGCUCCUCUUCGUGCCGCCGAGCCCACUGACGACGCCGCGCGCGCUAGCCGCCUCACCCAACCAGAGCACACUGGGCUGUGCCGACUGGCCGCCGCCGAACUGCGGAAGUCUGUCACGCAGCCAGGACUGCCGCCUCAUCUGUCCGGACGCCUCCAGCCGGACCACGUUCUGGGUGUACUUCGCACUGCGGAUGGUGGGCGUGUUCUUCAUGGCGCCGUCCUUCACGCUGCUGGACGCAACUAACCUCGCGUUGGUGAGGCAGCACAAGACGCCAGGGCAGAACUUUGGCCGCCAGCGCGUGACGGCAAUUGCUGCCACCAUCAUCGUUCCGCCACUCGUCGGUGUCAUCAUCGACUUAGUGAGCACGCCUGGGCUGUAG